AUGCCGAGCCUCGCGGACCGGCGCUCCGUCAGCGAGGAGCAGUGCCGCGUGUGCCUGGAGACGGGCAGCGUCGCCGGCGCGGCCUACGACCAGGGCCUCGCGACGUACCGCGUGCCCAUGGCGCUCCACGCGCUGAACCGCGCGCGGCUCUGCGAGGCGCUCUCGGCGGCGGGCGCGUCGGGCGUCGUGCUGCUCGAGGGCGGCGAGCAGCAGACGCGCUACGACACGGACCACGAGCCCGUCUUCCGCCAGGAGUCCUACUUCCAGUGGCUCUUCGGCGUCGCGGAGCCGGGCUGCUACGGCGCCGUGCGGCUGAGCGACGGCGAGGCGACGCUCUUCGUGCCCGACCUCCGGUCCGAGGCCUACGAGAUCUUCUGCGGCGCGCCGCCGGCGCUCGCGGACUUCGAAGCGCGCUACGAGGUCGAGGCGUGCCGGUUCGUCGACGACCUCGCGCCCUGGUUGGACGCGGAGCUCGAAGGCGGCGAAACGCUCCACGUGCUCCGCGGCCUCAACAGCGACUCCGGCGACUACGCGAAACCCGCGAGCUUCGCCGGCGACGACCGAUUCCGCAAGGACCGCGACGCGCUCUUCCCCGUCAUCGCGGACCUGCGCACAAUCAAGACGCCCGCGGAGAUCGAAGUGCUGCGCUACGUGAACUACGUCUCCUCGAUGGCCCACUCCGAGGUCAUGCGCGCCGCGAAGGCCGGCAUGAUGGAGUACCAACUAGAGUCGCUCUUCCAGCACCACACCUACACGCACGGCGGCUGCAGGCACAUGGCCUACACCUGUAUUUGCGCCUGCGGCCCCAACCCGGCGGUGCUGCACUACGGGCACGCGGGCGCGCCGAACGCGAGGUUGAUCGGAAACGGCGAGACGGCUUUGCUCGACAUGGGCGCGGAGUACCACUGCUACGCGGCGGACAUCACCUGCAGCUUCCCCGUCGGCGCCGAGGGAUUCACGCCGGACCAGCAGCUCGUCUACGAGGCCGUGCUCGCCGCGCAGGUCGCGGUCUACGAGUCGCUCAGACCGGGCGCGGCCUGGCCGGACAUGCACCGCGCCGCGGAGCGCGCGGUGCUCGAGGGCCUGCGCACCGGCGGCGUGGUCCGCGGCGACGUCGACGCCAUGCUCGACGCGGACCUGGGCGCCGUCUUCAUGCCCCACGGGCUGGGCCACCUCAUCGGCCUCGACACGCACGACGUCGGCGGCUACCUGGACAAGGACCCGCCGCGGAGCGAGCGGCCGGGCCUCUCGAAGCUGCGCACGGCGCGCGUGAUCCGGGAGGGCAUGGUGCUGACCGUCGAGCCGGGCUGCUACUUCAUCGACCGCCUGCUCGACGACGCGCUCGCUGACCCGAAACAGGCGGCCUUCGUCGACGCGGGCCGCCUCGCGGCGUUCCGCGGCUCCGGCGGCGUGCGGCUCGAGGACGACGUCGUCGUGCGAUCCGACGGCGUCGAGAACCUGUCGAUCUGCCCGCGGACCGUGGCGGAGGUCCUGGCCGUGAAGGGCGGAGGCGCUUGGCCGCCGGCCGUCGACGCGGCGCCCGAGCUGCGGCGCGCCUGGGUGGUGCCGAACCCGGACGUCGCCGGGGGGGCCAUGCGCCGCGUGUCGCUAACGUAG